AUGGACGAAAAAGACGAAAAGGACGAAAAAGAUGAAAAGAACGAAAAUGGCGAAAAUGGCGAAAAGGACGAAAACGACGAAAAGGGCGGAAUGGACGAAAAAGACGAAAAGGCGGACGAAAAGGACGAAAAGGACGAAAAAGACGAAAAGAACGAAAAUGGCGAAAAGGACGACGACAAAGACGACAAGGACGACAAGGACGACAAGGACGACAAAGACGACAAGCAAGACAAGGACGACAAGGACGACAAAGACGAUAAGGACAACAAGGACGACAAAGACGACGAAGACGAUAAGGACAACAAGGACGACAAAGACAUAAAAUGA